AUGCCAAACGACGAUCUCAAGGCGCAUGCUGCCUCAAACCAAGAUUUCUACGCUCUGCUCGAUAUUCAACCAGCAGCUACCGAAACCGAGAUCCGCCGCGCAUACCGACGCACCGCACUAAAGUACCACCCAGACAAGAUUAAAAACCCCACCGCGGCGGACAUCGACAAAUUCCAUUUCCUCCAGAUUGCCUACGAUGUCCUAUCAGACACGUCGGUGCGACAGCUCUACGACAAUGCGCGGGAAGCCCGGCAGCGCAAACAGCGCGAGCGGGACAUGAUGGGAGCGGCGAAACGGAAAAUGCGCGAAGACCUCGAAGCGCGGGAGAGGGCAGGCGCCGCCGAAUUGGGUGGUGCUGGUGUCAAGCAGGGUGUUAAGAGAUCAUGGGUGGCGGAUGGGGAUGAGGAUGCGGAAGAGAAGCUUCAGCGGGAGAUUGACAGGAUUGCGGAGGAUGGGCGGCGGAGGCGACGUGAAGCUGAGGAUAAGGCUAAAAAGGAGUUGGAAGAUGAACAGGAUAGGAUUCAGCAGCAGGAAGAGGAGGCUCGAAAGGCGGCGGAUCGGAGUAGCCAGCGCGUGGACCGCUCGAAGGAGGGUGGUGGCGCGCAGGUCCCCGAGCUCGAGCGUGCGGUGAAAGUGCGCUGGGUGCGGGAGGGUCGGGGACUGGAACUUGACAUUGAGCAGUUGGCGGUGCUAUUCAAGCCUUUCGGGAAAAUUGAGAAUACCUUUGCGCUCAAAGAUAAACGCCAGCGGAUCGGGAAGAACAAGGAGAAAUCGACCGUUGCGACGGGCGUGGUGGUUUUCACGUCUAUUGUCAGCGCUCACGCUGCUGUUCUUGAUAGCGAGAAGAAAAUCCGUCAGCAAACUGGCCAAGAUGGCGAAUGGGGCCUGGUCGAGUCUGUCUUCUGGGCCUCUGGCAGUCAACCUGAUCUAGGUCUCAAUGUUUCAUCCAAGCCUGACCAGGCUGAGCCCGUACCUGUACCACCAGAGCCCUAUAUCAACGUUUCCAACAAACCUACUAAGCCAUCGUUCAAUUUCCAAAGCCUGAAAACAGCACCCGCAUCCGACAGAGCGCCCUCGUUUGGCUCUUUCGCUUCUGCAUCUGCUGCGGCGGCUACUCCGAGCCCGGCGUCAUUCAAUCCAUCCACCAAGGCUCCAGCCGCGCUUAGUCUGCAGGAAGUCAUGAUGAUGCGGCUGAAGAACGCACAGCGAGAGAAGGAGCGCAAAGCCCUUGAAGAAGAGCUGAUACGAGAAGACGAGGCUGCAGACGCGGCAGAAGCAGCGGCAGCGAAAGGCGCCUAG